GCUAGCAGAAAAAUAGUCAUCAUCGGAUAUUUACAAAAAGCGAUUGGCAACAUCUUGCAUGUAUGCGGAGACAGCUGUUUGAGACUAGUAUUUAUAGUUAGUUAUUACAAAGGGACAGAUCUAAAAUUCUGUUGAGCUGUUACACGCUCAUGCAGUCCAUAACUUGUUGUAAGCGGGCAUUGCCGCUCGUGUUCAGAAAAACGAAUUACAUUUUUUCACAUCCCAUCGAUCGUCUUUCAAGGAAGGACACCUAGCUGGCUAGCUUUAGGCUAUCCUUUACUCGAAGGCUAAUGAUAGGCAUGCCGCUAAUGCACUAGCUACUGAACAUGUCAAUUACAUUUUGUUUUAUUCUUUAUAAUUGUAGCAACUGGUUAUGUUAUUGUCACUGUUAGUGAUGCAAGCUGUGACUUUAAAUAUGUAUCAUGAAUAGCAUAGACAGUUUAUAAACAUAGCUAGCUUAACGGUAUUAGCUAGCUUAAUGCUAUCUAGGUCUCCCCAUUGCAUUUAAUAAUUUUGUCAAAGCUAUUAGCCAGCUACCGUUCUACUGAAGAGAAAUCGCAGCCAAAAUGGAUUCAUUCUUGGACUAUGAAGAAUGCAUCCAGGACUCACCUGCAUUUAGGCUUACCCUGGAUAAGUGUCAAACUGAUGUUGCAGAGCUGCAGAGUCAAGUGGAAAAGGUGAUGAAGCUCUGUGGCAAGAUGGUUGAAUCAGGGCAAGCAUACAACACAGCAAAUCAGCAUUUCCUCGCCGGACUGGCCGAGUUCUCCACGUAUCACAAACGUGACAGCGUCAUCGUGAACUGCAUGAGUCAGUUCAUUCAAGGACUACAGGAGAUGAUCAACUUUCAUACUGUGCUGUUUGACCAGACGCAAAGAGCUAUCAAUCAGCAGCUGUCAAACCUUCUCACACAGUUCAUACCCCAGCUAGGAGAGACUAGGAAGGAGUUUGUGCGGAUUGGGGAGGAUCUGGAGACGGCGGCGGUGAAAAAUGCCCAGAUAUACCGCCACAAAGUCACCGAUGCAGAGCGCGCCAGCCAUCUUCUGUUGGCCACACGCAAAUGUCACCAGCACUUUGCCCUUGAUUACUGCUUGCAGCUGAAUAACUUCAAGGCCCAGCAGAAGCUGGACAUCUUAAAUUCUGUGUUCUCAUACUUCCAUGCCCAGUAUACCUUCUUCCACCAAGGCUUUGACUUGCUGAGAGACUUGGAGCCCACUAUGAAGUCCAUGGCCGCACAGCUCGCCCAGCUCUCGACUGAAUGUACAGCUAAAAGAAAGGACCUGGAGAAUACCCACCUACUGGUCCAGCAGAGAGAUGCCUCAGGGGAGCCCAUACUAAGUUCCUGUCCUGAUGGUGGGGAAACCAUACAGGGCUACCUCUUCAAAAGAUCUCGGAGAAAGAACAAGACAUGGAAGAGAUGCUGGUUUUCCAUUAAAGACAACCAAUUGGUGUACACAAAGUCACAUAAGGAGGAGCCUGUGUCGCUGUUUGAUGACCUCAGGCUGUGUGCGGUGAAGUCUCUGGACAGCAUUGACCGCCGCUUCAGUUUUGAGCUGGUUUCUGUUAAAAAAUGCUGUGCCCUCCAGGCUGACUCAGAGGAGCUGAAGCAGGCUUGGAUCAGUGCUGUUCAAGGGAGCAUAGACAUGGCCUACCGCGAGAGAGUAGAGUCCCAGCAGCCUCAGCCCAAAGAAAGCCCUCUGCCCCUCCAGAGCCCCUCAGACCCCCAGCCAGGACAGCCUCCUCAAAGGCCUGCAGCUUUGGUUGUGGCCCUCCAAAGUCCGGGGAACCACCGCUGCUGCGACUGCAGUGAGGAGGAGCCACGCUGGGCCAGCGUCAACCUGGGUAUCACCAUGUGCAUCGAGUGCUCCGGCAUCCACAGGAGCCUCGGGGUCCAUCUCUCCAAAGUGCGAUCUCUCACCCUAGACUCCUGGGAUCCCGAACAGCUGAAGCUGCUGUGUGGUCUCGGUAAUGAUGUCAUCAAUGGGAUAUAUGAGUCCAGGUGUGCAGCAGAGGGCAGAGUAAAGCCUAGUGCUGGCAGCCCUCGCCCAGAGAAAGAGACAUGGAUUAAAGAGAAAUAUGUGGAGAAAAGAUUUGUGAAGGAUGCCAGCUCGCCUGAAACACAGAUUGGGAGGGAGAAUGCAGGGCGCCAGUUGUACCAGGCUGCUUUCCAAGGGGACCUGGUCACCAUGGCAUCAGCGUUGGCGCAGGGUGCAGAGGUGAACUGGAGCCACGCUGAGGAGGAGGGACGCACUGCUCUCAUUGGUUCAACUUUUGGGGGCUCCCUAUCGGCCUGUGAGUUCCUACUGCAGAAUGGAGCCAAUGUAAACUACCGUGACCAGCGCGGCCAAGGUGCCCUUCACACUGCAGCCACCUGGGGCCACACAGGGCAAGUGUGUCUACUUCUAAAAAAGGGAGCCAAUCAGUAUGCAGUUGACGAGAGGGGGCAGGACCCACUUGCCAUUGCCAUAGAGACAGCACAUGCCGAUAUUGUAACCCUACUACGAAUGGCUCGCAUGAAUGAAGAGAUGAGAGACUCAGAGGGAUUCUUUGGAUCUAUGGGUGACGAUGAGACAUUUCAAGACAUCUUCCGUGACUUCAGUGAUAUGGCUUCUCACGAUCCAGAAAGACUGACCCGUCGACAGUUCAGCAGAAGCGGAGAAGCGGAGGGACAGGACAAGAGGAUGGUGAAUGACCAGCACAAGGCAGAGAAGGAGGAGGAAGACACAUAGGGAGACUCUCAAUUGCAUACUCCUCGUGUCCUCUCAUCUUGUCUCUUUCUAAAAACCCAUUGGAGGAAAAGAUCAGACGGGUGGGGCCUCUGGCAUUCUCAUCCAAUGGGUUUUGAGAAGGAGGUGAGGAGAGAGGAUGCAAGGAUUAUGCAAUAGAGAUUCUCCCAUGUAAAUAAAGAGGAGGAGACCUAGGGUUGGGAAUUAUAAAGGAAAAGGGUCAUUACCACUUUUCAGGUCAAGAAUGGGGAACCCAGGGGUGAAUUCAAUGAGGUGAAACAUUCACAUUGUUGCAGGUAGAAAUGACAUGACUCUCAGUUCUACAUAACAAACACUCACACCUAAUAUAUACAAAACAUUUACAGUAUAUCUAAACAUUCUGUAAAGUUGCACCCUCCUGGUUCUUCAGGGCUGCAGUGUCUGACAGUUGUCAUUGUGCCUCAGCAGUUAAAUAACAAAUCAAAUUCUGACUUGAACAUAGUAAAAACAUUUUUUUUUUAAACUUGCUUCAGUUUUGAGGCACACUUUUGAAGUUAUUAGAAAAGUUACCUGAACAGUUUUUACAAAGAAAAAGAAGACAAAGAACUUAAACUACUAGGCCUACUGCUACAAGGAAGCAAACGGUCUCAGGAUCUCAAUCCUGUAUAGAACUUAUAAUAUUAAAUGUUACAGUCUUGAAUACUGGUCAGUAGACCCUUAAACCCUUAAGGAAUGAAUGCUCCCAUUCUUGUGAAUGGAUGUUUCAUAGGAUGGAUGCAUAUGAACUGUGUUUGCACAGUCUGCUGUAAUGACCAAAAAGGACAUAAAUAAGGAAUAUAAAAGGGUUACAUAUUGAAAUACUAAAGUAUUAUAUUUAUGUAUUGUUAUUAGCAACUCCAAUAUUUCAGAUGUUAUUAGAUGACUUACUCUUACUGACUGAACUGCUGCAUGCAAUAGCCUAUACAUGUUGCUACUUACAGGUCAUCUGAGGGAACAGUUGAUUCUUGCUGAAUGUGGGGUGUAUUCACUAGGAGCCAAACAGGACGAAACAGGGAGGGAUACCCAAAUCUGUCCAAUAAGAACUCUCGUUUUCAUUGCAGAACAUUUUCUGUUGUGAAACAUUUUUGUUACAGUGUGUACUAAUGAUUACACCCCGGUUAAUCUUUCAAUUUGAGUCUGGAUCAAUCCCAUUGAAAGCAAUGGCUCCUUAUAAAAUAUUGUUAUGUUUUUGUUUGCAGAGGAAAUAAGUGGACCAAAACUAUAAAACGAGAAUGCAGGGAUUUAGAAUGUAUUAUAAAGUGGGUAGUUUGGGUCCUGGAUUAUAAUUGGCUGAAACAGCAUUUCAGCUGUGUGUAUAUCAGACAAUAUGACGCAGAAAUACUUGUUUACUGUUCUACUUGUGUUGGUAACCAGUUUAUAAUGGCAAUUAGGCAUAUUGGGGGUUUGUGGUAUAUGGCCAAUAUUCCACAUCCCCUUGGGCCCUAUUGCUUAAAUAUAGGCCUAUUAUAUGUGAUUUUACUGUGGCACAGUCAGAUAUAAUAAAAAUGUGUCAAUACUG